UAGGUUAACAUUAUAAAACGGAGUCAACACAUGUGGGUGUGGCAUAAUCCCACAGAGACACAGAGGUAGUCAGAAGUAGGCACUUACGACUUACCUACGCUCAAUUCGUAACCAGCACAUCACUGCUGCGCAGUUAAUCAUUGCACUCGCUUGGCCAUGUAAAGCUGUGGCCGAAAUGAUCGAACUGAACGUUUACAGUGUGGUUUUGUUGCCGUUGGUGGGUUUGAUAUCGUACGCGAUAUGGUUGCGACUCCGUAUGCCGGUGGAAUACCGACAGAUCUCGUCUCAUGUGCCGUCCGUCACCAAAAACUUUUGGAGUGAGAUGCUGCUUUCAACGAAACUUGCGAUGAUGCAACCAAAAGAUAUUUUGCCAUUUUUAACGGAUAUGAUAAGAAAUAACGGUCCAGUAGUUCAUUUUAACCUUUCAGGCCGAUCAUACGUUUUUCUAAACGAUCCAGACGAUUUAAAAAUUCUACUGUCCAAUACCCAAAAUAUCAAGAAGGGUCCAGAGUAUAAAAUGUUGAAACCCUGGCUGAACGAAGGUCUUUUAUUGAGCUCAGGUCAGAAAUGGCAUAGCCGACGGAAACUCCUCACCAACACGUUUCACUUCAAAACAUUAGGCAUGUACAAUCCUUCCAUAAACAAACACUCGCGCAUAUUGGUGGAUAAGUUACUGGACGCUUCUGCAAAGGGCGAUGAAAAAAUCUCCAUCGCUGAUUAUGUGACUUUGUGUUCUUUGGAUAUUAUUUGUGAAACAAUAAUGGGUACCGAGAUGAAUUCUCAAGAAGGUGAAUCAGUCCAAUAUGUCCAUUCAAUUAAAUGUGCUUGCAGAUCGGUGAUAGAACGUAUUUUCAAAUUCUGGCUGUGGAAUGGUCUGGUUUAUAAAAUGAGUGGAAGUGGUCAACGUUUUUUUAAAUCAAUCAAAGUGCUACACGAGUUUACUGAUAACGUAAUUAAAAGUAAACGAGCGUCGUUGAAUACCUCUGAAAUUGAAAAAGUGCAACCAGACAGUAAACUUGAAAAAACGCAAAAGAAAUCAUUCUUAGAUUUACUUCUCAGCGUCUUGAACAACACGCAGGAACAGAUGAACGACAGAGACAUUCGUGAGGAAGUAGAUACAUUUCUUUUUGAAGGCCACGACACAUCUUCCAUUUCGAUGACAAUGACUUUGGUUUUGCUGGGGAUUUAUCCAGAUAUACAAGAUCAAGCUAGGGACGAGGUACGUAGUAUUUUUGGAGACUCUGACAGAGAUGCUACGAUGGAGGACUUAAAUGCCAUGAAGUAUUUAGAAGCUGUUAUUAAAGAAUCUCUUCGACUUUAUCCAAGCGUACCAGGCAUUACGAGAGAACUACAAACGCCAUUACAGCUCAAGAAUUACAUUAUUCCUCCGAUGACAACGAUUGCAGUGUAUCCUUUUAUUCUACACCGAAAUGAAGACAUAUAUCCAAAUGCUGAAGAAUUUAUCCCUGAAAGGUUUUUGGACGAGGAAAACAAGGCGAAAUUUCAAUUUGGAUACUUACCGUUCAGCGCGGGUGCCAGAAAUUGUAUUGGACAAAAAUAUGCAAUGAAUCAAAUGAAAAUAGUUGUAUCAACCAUUUUACGGAAUGCGAAGUUUGAAUCCUUAGGACGUAAAGAAGACAUUCAAAUUAGUACGCAAUUAGUAUUGAGAAUAGAGUCACUUCCAAAAAUGAAAUUUUUUAAACUUUAG